AUGGGCCACUUCCACCGCGCCGCCCGCUGGCUCCUCGCCCUGGCGCGCAAGCGCGUCCAGAAGCUCGUCCUCAGGUUCGACUACCCCGACUCGGCCCCCGUCGUCGGCCCCGCCCUCUUCUCCUGCGCCGCGCUCACCGACCUCGAGCUCUACGGCUACUGCCACCUGCCGCGCGCCCCGCCGGGCUUCCAAGGCUUCCCCAACCUCGUCACCCUCGUCCUCGACAACCUGCUCCUCCGUCUCCCCGGCGCCGCGGCGCAGCUCCAGCGCCUCAUCUCCUCGGCGCCCGGCCUCAGGGAGCUCUCGCUGCACAACCUGAAAGCCGGCAGGGCCCGGGCUGGCCUCGAAAUCUGCGCCAUCCGGGCGCCCAGCCUCCGUAUCCUCAGGCUCUUCAUCUCCAUCUUCCUCGACAACGGAUGCCGGCUCGCGGAGGACCUCCAGUUGCUGGAGGUGGCGUCCAUCUCCAUCGAUGUACUGUUAGGGACCCCAGCCUUCGUCGACACUUUUCCACAGAUUUCUAAUGUCAAUACGCUUUUCUUCUACACCGACUCAAAACAGAUUAAAGAAAAUCCGCUGGAAGGGAUUUCAUGGAAGUUUCAGAACUUGAGGGCUGCACACCUGACUGCAAAUUUUGGCAAACUCCCAAGCAUCAGGUCGAUAUUUUCUUUGCUGAGAUUUGGCCCUCACGUUGAAGAACUCCAUAUUCAGGCAGAGAAUCGUUCCUACCUAUUCAAAAAUCUAGAUCCUGCUGCGCUAGAUGAUGCUGUCCGUGCUGACACCAUUGAUCAGGAUAUUCUUGAUGCAGAGAUAAGCGAUGACUUGUUUGCCAAUCUCAAACACAUCUCACUGUAUGGUAUGGGUUCCUUACCAAAUGACAUGUGGUUUAUGAAGUCUCUGCUGUCCAAGACAGGAUUGCUUGAAUCCUUUGUCGUCACUUUCAACUAUGGAGAAGAAACCGAAUUUUAUGUGGAAGCAUGUGAAGAGUUAGAAGCAUGCGAAAAGGCGUCUCCCCAAGCUCAGCUGGAACUAAGGCCUAGAAAAUUUCCAGCCUAA